AUGGUGCUGCGGGUGCCAACAAGCGAUGGAAAAAUCUCGAAGAAUAAACAUGGUAUAACAUUUCACAGGUUCCCCCAAGAUAAAACCAGAAAAGGCCAGUGGGAGAUUGCAGUAAAUCGUGAACAAGGAUGGCGUGCCACACCCUCAAGUACAGUAUGCUCUGAACAUUUCAAUGCCAAUGAUUUCUACUUAACAGACAGUGGUUUACGGAGGCUUUCAUUGACUUCCAUCCCUUCAAUUAAUAUAUCUCCUUGCCAAGAUGAGGAGCCCACUAUAUGUGUUAUGGAUCCUGGUGACAUAAAGCCCACGGACUCUGAAGAAAGGGCGUCCAUAGUAGAUCGCCAUCGCAUCUCGCUCCAUGUCAGUCCGAUGCUCGCUGCUUCUGCCAAUACGGUGCGUCGCCAGGUUUGCCAAACCGACCCAAAACCCGUUGCACCAAAGAAACUGUUUAUCGCAAUUUUAAAUAGUGACUUAUUACAUGCUAAGCGG